UAGAAGACGAACGUACUGUAUAGGACCACUUGACAGCUCAUGUUAUGUGGAAAGCCGGAAUGUCGUCGGAGAUCGGUAAAGCGUUACAGGCAGUGGUGGACCGCGUGAAGCAGGCUGCUGCCCGUAGACCGCAGACAUUGCCAAAUGUGACUCCGCGUUUGGUUGCAGUCAGUAAGACAAAAUCACCGGAGAAGGUGGUGGACGCAUACCAACAAGGGCAGCGCAACUUUGGGGAGAACUAUGUUAAUGAACUUGUGGAGAAAUCUUCAGAUCCUCAGAUUUUGUCAUUAUGUCCAGAUAUUAAGUGGCAUUUCAUUGGACACCUACAGAAGAAUAAUGUCAACAAACUCUUGAGUGUUCCUAAUCUAUUCAUGGUGGAGACACUGGAUUCUGCGAAGCUGGCAGACAGAGUUAACAGCUCCUGGCAGAGACUGCGGACAGUCAACACCCAGAGGUUAAAGGUCAUGGUGCAGAUCAACACCAGUGGCGAGGAGAGUAAGCAUGGUUUGCCUCCUGAGGAGACAGUGAAUACGGUCAAGCACAUUAUCUCCCGCUGUCCUGCCCUACACUUUAUUGGGCUGAUGACUAUUGGUCGUUAUGGCUAUGACCUCAGCGAGGGCCCCAACCCAGACUUCCAGAUGCUGCUGGGCCGUCGUCGGGAGCUGUGUGAGAGUCUGCAGCUUCCAAUAGAGGAAGUGGAACUCAGUAUGGGCAUGUCUACUGAUUUUGAGCAUGCGAUUGAAGUUGGUUCUACCAAUGUCCGUGUGGGCAGUACCAUCUUUGGAGAAAGAGAAUAUCCAAACACACCCAGCCCAGAGAAAAGGUCAAAGGUCGUGACUGAGGAGGCAGCUGAAAAAAUGAAACACCUUACGGUUACAGAACAGUGAACCUUGUUCUAACCUUAAAACCUAAAAACUCUUAAAAAUUGGGGCAUGAAUUGGAUCAUGUCAGUUCUUUUGAAAACGGACUAGAUUUAUCACAAAAUUUAACAAAGCUCAUUUUUCAAUUCCCAGAUUAUAUGAUGUCCUCACUCUUUUAUGUACUUUUCUCCUCCAUGACACUCAUUGCAACCUUACACUCUAAUUCUACCUAUUUUUUAGUUUCUGCAUCCAUCUUUCCUGUUUCCAUCUCUUUCAAAGAUUGUCCUUUUUUCCCCAUGUUUCUUCCUCUUGUUUGUGUAUCUUCUGGAACAUUUUUGUGUGUUGAGUACAAAUUUGUAACAAUGAUAAUACAACCAUAUUGCUUCAUGAUUUUUCUCUGUUUGGGUUAUUUUCCAUUUUCAGCUUUGUGGUUAAUUGUCAGUCAUUGACAAAAGUUAGCAAGUGGUGAAAUGUAAUGACUGAGUGUUCCCGUGUGCUGUGUUACAGGUGUAAAAUGACAAUGGCAUUCAUAUUUGGUGUAAAUAUUUGCAAAGUUUUACAUGUUUCCCAUGAUAGGAACAGCUACUGAUAAAGGAACUUUUUUUCAAUCUUGCAAACAUCACAUUUGGUCUCAUCUUAAUAUUCUUUUGGUAACUUAAUGUCUUUCAUGUGGGGAAA